CAACCAAUCAAUGGUUUAUCCCUGCUGUUCGAGGAGACAUUCCUCCAGGCUGUGCAGCCUAUGGCUUUGUCUGUGAUGGAACUCGCCUUUUGGUCUUUGGUGGGAUGGUGGAGUAUGGAAAGUAUAGCAGUGAUCUCUAUGAAUUACAGGCAAGCAAGUGGGAAUGGAAAAGGCUCAAAGCGAAAACACCUAAGAAUGGACCUCCUCCCUGUCCCCGGCUAGGACAUAGCUUCUCUCUUGUGGGAAACAAGUGUUACCUCUUUGGGGGUCUGGCCAAUGACAGUGAAGAUCCCAAGAAUAACAUUCCAAGGUAUCUGAAUGAUCUCUACAUCCCAGAGUUAUGUCCAGGUUCAGGUGUGGUGGCUUGGGAUAUUCCUGUUACCUAUGGAAUCUUGCCCCCACCCAGAGAGUCCCACACAGCUGUAGUUUACACAGAAAACGACAAGAAGAAAUCCAAGCUGGUGAUUUAUGGGGGAAUGAGUGGCUGCAGGCUGGGUGAUCUCUGGACCUUAGAUAUUGGUAAGGUGCUUAAGAAUGGAACAGUAUGUAAGUUGACUAAAGUAUUCUAUAUAGAGGCUGCCAUCUGGGACUCUUGGAACUUACUGA